GAACGUUAGAUUCUACUUCUAAUCAGAAGGUUGUGACACACUAGGAGAAUUGUGUCUUUCCCCUGCUUUCACUAAUUUUUGUGAUUUCUACCAACAGGCAUUGUAUCAAGUGAAAAAAAAAAAAACACGAUGAAAUCUUUGCCACAAUUGUUCACAAAUACACGUGUUUACCAAGCAACUUUCUUACUGAUGUUGCCAUUUUACGUUUUGAAUUCAGACAUACCACUACUUCAAGCUGUAGUCGACAGUCAGAUCAAUCUUCCCUGCAAUAUCAGCCUUCCUUCUGAAGACGAUUCCAUAUCUUUAGUGUUGUGGUACAAGUCGGGGAUAAGCGCUCCUAUUUUCAGUGUUGACGCGCGAUAUGGGCCAUUAGAGAACUCUAAACACUUCACUAGUGAAUUUCUGGGACAGAGAGGAUACCUGGACUUUAACUUUGAGAGUGAUUUAGCUUUUUUGAUUAUCAAACCUGUUGAAGAUGGGGAUGAAGGAGAUUAUAAUUGCAGGGUGGACUUUCGAUGGGGACGAACUCUUAAGAGUGCCGUGAAAAUCGAUGUUAUUGUUCCCCCUAGAAGCGUUCUUAUUACCAAUGAGAAAAUUGAGCUUUUGUACGGAACGAUUGGUCCUUAUGACGAAGGUUCUUCCCUGAUCCUUCGCUGUAUAGCGAAAGGAGGAAGACCUUUACCGACCGUGACUUGGUGGAGGGACUCUGUUGAAAUUGACAACAGCUUUCAGGAGGCGGAUGAGCAAGAUGUUCGAAACGACUACAUCAUCAGAGAACUUUCCAGAGAGGACCUCAUGGCUGAAAUCACAUGCCAAGCUUCCAACACUAAUCUUACCUCACCAGAGGCCGCCGCUGUCAUAAUCGAUAUGAACUUGAAACCUGUGGAUGUACACGUUAUUUCUACACGCCGCCAUUUUUGUGCCGAUCGUCAGUUUGGUGUUGAGUGCCAGACGACGGGUUCCAGGCCUCCUGCCAACAUCACUUGGUGGCUAGGAACUCAGAAGUUAAAUGCUGCUGUGGAGAUUGUGAAGGAUGGUGGGAAUCGAACUGUCAGCAAUCUUGUCUUUGUCCCAACUAGCGAAGAUAACGGAAAAUACUUGUCUUGUCGAGCGGAAAAUCGUAAAAUGCCUGGGAUUUCAAAAACAGAUGGAUUAACUCUGAAUGUCCACUAUGCGCCGAUACUGUACAUUUACCUGACUCCGAAUCAAAACCCAGAUAAGUUAUACGAGGGAAAUAAUAUACACUUUGAGUGCAAGUUUCAGUCAAAUCCAAAGAUUGUGAAAUUGGAAUGGCAGUACCAAGGAAGCACGCUAUUAACAAAUUCUCGAACUGGCAUUUAUGUUCGAAACAAGUCUUUAGUCCUGCAGAAUGUAAGUAGAGAACAAAGCGGCACAUACCGCUGUCUGGCGGACAACUUAGAAGGUCGAGGAGAAAGCAAGGGAUUAGAGAUUAAAAUUAAAUACGCCCCUGUAUGUAAAGAAAACCAGAAGGCUAUCUAUGCUGUAACAGUAGAAGAACUGGUUGAAAUUUACUGUGAGGUUGAAGCUGACCCUAAUGACGUAACGUUUACCUGGACAGUUAACAACACUGGAUAUAGUCGGGAAGUUUUGUCUUUUGACAGUUUUGGUUUGAAAAGUGUAGCUCGAUAUAUUCCAUAUGAUGAAAAUGAUUUUGGUUUCGUAGCCUGCAAAGCUCAUAAUGUGAUUGGAGUGCAGAAGGAAGCAUGCAUAUUUACCUUAUUAUAUGUUCGUUAA